CUCAAAAUUCUGAAACGGCGGCGCAAGCAGAAUAGCCAUCGGGCCUCGAAAGCCGAAACCCCAGCGGGCACGGCGGCGGCGACGAACGGACCACCGGCGGGAGAGAUGAAGACGGUGAGCCUUAGCGCCCCUACCAGGUCCUCCACCGUCAAGUUCCGCAUGCCGACGAGGGACAACCUGGUGCCGAUACGCGUCGAUGUGGAGGUGGACGGCCAGCGCUACAGGGACGCCUUCACCUGGAACCCCCGCGGUGCCGCCUCCGUUUCCCAUCCCGACUCAGAAAUCAUCAGCUUCGCCAAGAGGACGGCGAAGGACCUCAAGCUGCCGGCCAGUUUCGUCCCCCAGAUGCUCCAGUCCAUCCAGGGGCAAUUGGCGGAGUUCCGUUCCUAUGAGGGGCAGGAGAUGCAGAUCAAGGAGAAGAUUAUGCCCCUCAAGAUUGACCUCCGGGUGAACAAUACUUUAGUUAGAGACCAAUUCUUGUGGGAUAUAGGCAACCUUGACAGUGAUCCCGAGGAAUUCGCGAGGACAUUAUGUGACGAUUUGAACAUUACUGAUCCUGAAGUUGGGCCUGCCAUAGCUGUUUCUAUCCGUGAGCAGCUUUAUGAGAUUGCUAGUCAAAGUGUUUCUGCUAUGAGAGAAGCUAAAGUUUCAAAGAAAAGGCGAGCACCAGAAUUUGCUUCAAAUAGUAAAGCCAUGAAUAACGCAGUGGACAUGUUCAAGUAUUUCGGCAGCAAAGGAAGCGUUAUCCGGAAACGGAAGGAGUGGUACCUGUACGCACCUGUUGUAGAUGUUGUACCUAACGAGGAAGUUGUUGUUGUGGAUACGACAGAAGGUGCUUAACUAGGUCAAAGAAGAGGGCAGAGGAGAAAGAGGAAAGCCUUUGUUCUCUGUAAUACCCCAGCGUCGGAUGCAUGUGUUGUCACUCAUAGCGCUAAUCUGGGACUGUGUAGCUAGACUGAGGAAGAUUCCUGAGUAGCCACAAAGAGCUUCGCAGAUGCCAUGAUUUUUCUUUCUUUCUUUUCUGCCUGGCAAUGAGCCCUAGGAGGAGGAUCUCCAUUGCUGUACACCACCUGCGCAGUGAGAGCUCGUGGGAGGUAGAUAGCAGAUCAAAUAGUGGCCUGAUCCUGUUUGCUGAGACAACAACCUGUUAGAAACUUUCUGUUGUGCUGAUAUCAUGUUAUCUUUAUAUUGGCUCAUAACUAAAAUCAGUGGCCUAAUCUUGUUUGAUGACGGCUCGUCAA